AUGUUGACUAUAGAAGAUGUUUUACAACAGAUAUACGAUGACAUGGUGACUACUUUAACUCAAUCACUUAUCUCGGAUAAAUAUUGUCAAUUUCAAAAAUAUCCUCAAAGGUUUAACAUUAUCGGAAGAACAAAUCAUAAUAAUACUGUUAUUGAUAUAAAAAGUGAUACAAAUAUUUCUAAAUCUCAUAAAAUUAGUAACACUAAUAAUAUUGGUAAUAAUAUGAAUGUUGCUAAUAAUAACACCGGUGUUAAAAGGGAGUCAACACCUACAAUAUCCAAUACCACACCAAGCUCAACUGACACUAGCAGAAGUACUACUGAUUCACUUGUCAAGGAAGAAAUUGUUUAUAUACUGUGCGAUAACUGCAAGAGAAGUAUAGCUACCAAUAGAUUUGCUGCUCAUUUAGAAAGAUGUUUAAGUGCAAGGACCCGAAAGUAA